AUGAAGACGGCUGUGCAGGAAUUCUUUAAUCUGUCAUUAGAAGAGAAGCUGGUCUACGCACAACAGCCAGAUGGUCUUCAAGGGUAUGGUCAAGCAUUUGUUAUGUCGGAUGAUCAAAAGCUCGACUGGAAUGACAUGCUGUUGAUUUUUUACUAUUCCGAUAUCUCAGCAAGGAAUAUGAAAUUUUGGCCUGAUGAUCCUACAUCUUUCAGAAUCAAUUACUAUCCUCCUUGCUGCCAAGCUGACAAAGUUAUCGGCAUCACCCCACACUCUGAUGGAUCUCAAAUGACCUUAUUGGUACAAGUCAAUGAAGUUGAAGGUCUCCAAAUCCUCAAAAAUGGUAAUUGGGUACCUGUAAAACCUCUUCAUGAUGCCAUCGUUGUCAAUAUUGGUAAUGUACUGGAGGGCAAUGAAAUUUUAGUCGACAAGUCAUCGCAAAUUCCAAUCAUUGAUAUGAGCAAGCUUGCAGCUGGCAGUGCCGAAUAUGAAACUGAAAUGUCAAAACUUCACCAGGCUUGCAGGGAUUGGGGAUUCUUUCAGGUAACGAAAGAUAAAUACUGUUUUGCAGAAGAUGGAGCCAAAUACAAGACAGUGAAGUUUAAGGAUUAUAUUAAACUUUUUCUUGGCAGAAGACAUGCUGGCAAAAGCACGCUUGAUGAUGUGAAAAUAUACGGAUGA